AUGAGGGACCCCUUCUUUAUACCGCCCAGUCCCUGGCUUGUUGACUUGGUUCAACCCUGGUGCGAACGUCUCGGCUUCCCCACACUCGCUCUCCACAUCCAUGAGGUCCUCGCCGCGGCUAUAGGAUACACGCUCGUCUUUUGGCCCAUCUCCCCUAUAGUAUCCAAACUACUUGCGUCAAAGCACUAUGUCAAAUUAUCUCCCCAAAAACGCCUCAACUGGGAUGCUCAUGUCGUCUCCAUGUUCCAGAGCACUCUUAUAAUCAUACUGGCGUCCUGGGUCAUGCUCGUCGAUGACGACCGUCGAGCAAUGAACUGGGAGGAGCGUGUAUGGGGCUAUACUGGUGCGGCUGGGAUGAUACAGGCCCUGGCCGCAGGCUACUUUGUCUGGGAUCUCAUCAUUACGAGCUGGAAUAUCGACGUUUUCGGCUUCGGCACUCUAGCUCAUGCAGUAUCCGCUUUGUUUGUUUACAUUUUUGGGUUUCGGCCAUUUCUCAACUAUUAUGGCUGCAUAUUUAUCCUAUGGGAGCUCUCCACGCCAUUCCUGAACAUACACUGGUUCAUGGACAAAAUCGGUAUGACAGGAUCUCGCAUGCAGCUCUACAACGGGUUCCUGCUCCUCUUCAGUUUCUUCUGCUGUCGUCUUAUCUAUGGGACGUAUCAGUCCGUCCUUGCCUUCCGUGAUACCUGGGCUGCCAUCGACAGACACCCCACCCAGCAUCUGCAUAACUCGACCGUUAUGGCCUUCGCCACUGACGAGUCCUCCGUGCCCAUGUGGCUUGGUGCUGUUUAUCUCGCAAGCAACCUGACACUGAACAGUCUGAACUUCUACUGGUUUGUCAUGAUGAUCAGGGCUGUUCGCAAACGCUUCGAGCCAAGUAGGCAUAAAACCACAGAGAUGGAUAUUGCUAAACCUUAUUCCACCUCCAGUGUGUCAAGCGACGGCAAACCGCGAAGGCGCAAGGUGUGA